AGGCCAACUACGGCCGCCUCAGCAGCCGGCUGCAGGCCAGGGAGGGCCUGGGGAAGAGAUGCGAGGAUGACAAGGUUAAGCUACAGAACAACAUAUCGUAUCAGAUGGCAGACAUACAUCAUUUAAAGGAACAACUGGCUGAGCUUCGUCAGGAGUUUCUUCGACAAGAAGAUCAGCUUCAAGACUACAGGAAAAAUAACACAUACCUUGUGAAGAGGUUAGAAUAUGAGAGUUUUCAGUGUGGACAGCAGAUCAAGGAAUUAAGAGCACAACAUGAAGAAAAUAUUAAAAAAUUAGAUCAGUUUUUGCAGGAACAAAAGGAGGUCCACAAGAGUCAAUCAAAUGACGGAAAAGAAUUGGGCAUAAAUGAUCAUGUAGCCCCUAAAAAUAAUCCAAAUGUGGCUGAAAAUGAUGCAAAUAAGAAUGAGGAACCUUCAAGCAAUCAUAUUCCACAUGGGAAAGAACAAGUCAAACGAAUUGGUGAUGCAGGGAUGCCUGGAGUAGAAGAGAAUGAUCUAGCAAAAGCAGAUGAACUUCCCGCUGGUUCACAACUAAACCAGAAUGAAAAUCCUGGUACUUCAAAACAGAACCCUUUGAAUCCUCUUCAGCGCUUAAUUCCAGGCUCAAACCUAGAGCGAGAACCCAGAAUUCAAACAGACUCACUAAAGCAGGCCACCAGGGACAGAGUCAGUGAUUUCCACAAGUUGAAGCAAAAUGAUGAACGAGAGCUUCAGAUGGAUCCUGCAGACUAUGGCAAACAGCGCUUCAAUGAUGUCCUUUAAGUCUAAGGGAUGCUCAAAACCCAAAGUGCUGCGCAGUAAAUCAUCUCUACUUGUCAAUUUUGACUUCUGUUGUAAAGAUCAGUCGUCGUAUCAGUUGUAAAGAUACAUUGAGAUAGAUUUAAGGAAAUUUUAAUGAAGGAAUGUACCAAUGUACAUAUGUGAACUUUUUCAUAUUGUAUUAUCAAAGCAGAUACUUUUUUGGUUACAACACAGCUGAGCCAAAAACAGUUAAUCUUUGCAUUUAAAGCAAACUAAUGUAAAUUUCACAUUUUAUUGAACCUAAUUUUUUUUCACAAAAAGACAAACGGGAACAAAUGUUUGUACAGGUUAUAUGCUGCACAUAGUAUAAUGGCAGUGAGAAGUUAGUUACUCAGCUGAAAACUCUAAACACUAAUACGUUUUUUGUUACCCGCCCCCCCCCAGGUGUCCUCUACUGCCCCUCAUUUCACACUCUUUAAAGAGUUACACUAGAAUAGUUACACACAAAGGUGGGGACCUAGAUGCCAAACAGUGGGCAAUGUGUGUACAGAAUGACCUCCCUGCUCCUUUUAUUUUACUCAAGGAAAGUCCAAGUCAUCAUAACAAUAUUUAUAAGUUAUUCCUUACUUAGUUCUUGAAGUUGCGGAAUGCAUGAUUGACAAUGAAUUUUUAUUUUUUCAAGUAAUGCCAGUACUGUUUAACUGUAGUCAGCACUGGCUAAAAUUGGUUAUAUUUUCAGAGUUGAAUCUGGUGAGUAUAUUCACCGUUUACAUGACAGAUCCUGAAAGGGACGAAAUCCACCUUGAAAUGAGGCUGCGAUCAGUACAGCAAAGCUUUUCUAGUAGUUUUAAUGAUUGUAUUUGAUUAGACUUUUCCAGGACUACUAAGUAAGGGACUUUAACAGGUUUUUAUUAAGGAAUGGAUGAAUAGAAGUACCGUGAAGUCUACAGCUGUUUUAUUGAAAUAGCCGAAAACUUUGUAAUAAAAAUGAAUAUUUGUAAUUCAUGUUAGUUAAGAACCCACCAAGCUCAUUUGCUAGACUUACUGAAUUAUUUUCAGUGUAUUGUGUCUUUUGCCAUUAUUUCAUUAGGAUGUAUAAGCUAGCUAAUCCUUCUUUUCUGGUUUCAAGCACUUUUAAUUUUUUUUAGUGUUCCCUAAAAAUGAAAGGUAUUGAUGAUAAGGGGGGAAUGUAAGGCUGUAAACCCCGUUUUUUAGAAGGGCUGCUUUAAUUGCACAUAAACAUGAACUACUGGGAGUGAUAUGGCUCAGUGGUGUGAGGCCUAGGUUUGAUUCCCAGCACUGAAAAUGACAACAAAGUAAACACACAUGAAAAGCCAUCUAUAGAAGAAAUGAUUGUUCACUUGCUGAGAGACUUAAGUUCUUAUAAUUCAGUCCAAAGUUACUUAAUGGCCAGGAAAAGAUGGAGUGAUUUAUUAAAAUUUGUUUUUCCACUAUAUCAGAUUAUCCAGUGUUGAGGAGGCAGAGAUAGAUGGGUCCGUGGAGCUCGCUGGCCAGCCAUCCUGGCCUAAUUAGCAAGUUCCAGGACCCAGUAAGGGACAGCUUGUGAGGAACACCCCACACACACAGGUUGACCUCUGGCCUUCCUAUAUGUGCACCUGCACCUGCCCGCACGUAACUGCUUGUGCACACAGAGACUCUCAUACACACACCAAGAAACCAGACAGUUCAUACUUCGGUUGUCAGUAAAGUCAGGCCUCCGGUAAAAAAAGUAUGAUGACUACAUUAAAAUGUAGUCAAAGGGAGUGAUGCACAUCCACAGCAGUUAGCAGGGGGAGCCAAAUCUACAAAUGCCUAGAGAUACUUCAUACUUGAUAUUGUAGAACUGGAUAGACAAAAGCAUAAGGUCUCCUGCCAAUUCCAUUGUCAUAAAAACGGUCAGUUGGUUGUAUGGUAACUAUCCAUACA